AUGGGCUUGAAUCGCGGUACUCGGAUCGACAAGGUGAAGCAGAUAUUCGAUAGGUUCGACGUGAACCGCGACGGCGGGCUGAACCGGGAGGAGAUGUUGGCGCUGGUUGUCGCCGUCAACCCUCGAGUCAAGUUCACCGACGACCAGCUCCAUGCCAUCCUCGACGAGGUCUUCCGCACGUACGCCGACUUUAUCUCCCCUUCCUCCGGUCUUUCUCUUGGAGGCCUCCUCCGCACUUACGACGACGGCGCCGGCGAUGUUAACCGUGAUUUCUCCACCCUUUCUCUUCAGCUAUCAUCCGCCGACACCAGCCACAAUGCUGGCAUAGUUUUCGACUCCACAUGUUCACUCAUCGACGACCUUGACCUGCUCAUCAAGCGCCUCUGCUCAAAACAUGGCCAAAAAAACAAAUUUGAUAUUUUGUCCGAUGCAGGGUGGUCCGGGGCGUUCGGAAUCCGCAACUCUUCUCUUCUCUGGGAAGAGAAGACCUACCAAGACGCCGCCUUUGACAAGGAGCUCACGGCGCUCCGCCGCCGAGCUGACGCAGCGUGCUCCCUCGAUGAGGCCUUUGAAGGUCACAUUGCUCUUGGCCGCGCUCUCUACGACUAUGGCUUCUUCCACGAGGCCUUCGUUAGUUUCCGCAGCGCGUGCAAACUCCAACCCGCCAACGUAAUUUCCCGUUUCCACGCCGGCAACGCGCUUUACACUCUCGGUCAACAUGCCGAAGCCAAAGAGGAGUUCCUCCUCGCACUUGCUCAAGCCACCAAGAAUUCGCAUAAUUGCGCUCAACUUCUUCCCCAAAUCCAUGUCAACCUCGGAAUUUCGUUAGAAGCAGAAGGAAUGCUUCUCGGCUCCUGCGAGCAUUACCGCGAGGCCGCCAUUCUCUGCCCUUCGCAUUUCCGCGCGCUUAAACUCCUCGGCAGCGCUCUUCUAGGCGUUGGCGAGGUCAAGGCAGCCGUGAAGGCCCUUGAGGAGGCUGUCUUUUUGAAUCCGCACUAUGCUGACGCUCACUGCGACCUCGGCUCUGCGCUUCACGCCAUGGGAGGCGAGGAUGAGAGGGCAAUUCAAGAGUUCCAAAAAGCCAUUGAUUUGAAUCCAAACCAUGCUGAUGCUUUGUAUAAUCUUGGAGGCUUGCUAAUGGACAGGGGGCUGUUCCCCAGAGCUUUAGAAAUGUAUUCCCGUGUCCUCGCCGAACAGCCGAGCCAUUGGCGUGCUCAAUUGAAUAAAGCUGUCGCCUUUCUCGGCGAAGGUGAGGUCGACGAAGCGAAGAAAGCAAUGAACGAAGCCUUUUCCAUGACCAACAGAAUCGAGGUCUACGACGCCCUUUCAGACCUCAAGAAGCUUCAGAAGAUGAACAAGAAGAAGAAGUAUGGCGCCGCCGACGAUGAAGAUGUCGCUUUUCUCGCAGUGGAGCCGGUAAACUUUAUACGGGAUGGAGAAAAGACAUCGGUAAAGCAGGACUUGGCCAAUGCGUUAGAAAUCCAAGCAUUUCAGAAUCUCAGCAGGCUAGGCCAUUGCGACGUUGAAGUGCUCAGCAAGGAACUAAUAGAAACAAAUGCAGCGAUUUCUCCUUCUACUGGUACAAUCCGUAAGGCCGCCGUGGAGAUAGUCCUCCGUCGAAUGCUUCACUUUCUCAAAGCAGAGGCCUUCAUAGCAGCACUAAAAUCCAUCAAUGAGAGGGUUCUAUCUGUAAUGGAAGCUUCUAGCUUUUCUACUAAAGUUGAUCUCGGCAUGCUGCUUGCAGUUCUUGCUCCAAUCUGCUCCGGUUCGGCCCGCCGGCGAAAGCAGGUGGCUUUCGACGCGCUUCUGUGGAGGCCUAUCAACAGAGGAGGAAACCAAAUCUGGAGAAGUGAUGCCACUGCUUAUCUUAAGCUGCUUCGGACAGUGUUCAUCCCUUCUGAAGCCGUUAGCGGCCUCAUUGAAACGCAGGAUUUGUCUGCUGACUCCAAGAUCUCGUUCAUCGAAUUCAUCGACUUGUUCGACAAUAAAAACAGGGGUUUUGGAAUCUUAGAAACGCUGCUGAAGCUUGAAGCUAGUGACCAAGUGCGCCAUGGGGCACGCGCCUGUUCAAUAUGUAAUUUUUCGAUUACAGGAUCUAGAUUGAAGCAGAGAAGGCGAAGUUUCAGCUUCUGUAAAAAUUGCCACAGGCAGGGAAAGGUCCCGUUGUCUUACAAGCAUGAAGAUUAUCAGACCUUGAAGGUUGAUUGCAUGUGCUUCAGUGUGCAUUUCAGCUCAUUCCAAAGUGACAAUAAGUAGUUUGUAAGAGAAUUUGCUUGUCAAAUCGUCAAAGAGAAGUACUCGUAGG